AUGGCUAUGGAAGGAAUCAGAAGAAGGAUAUGGCUGCUUCCAUUUCUGAAGAAGAUCAAGGAAGAGGAUUUGCCUGGUAUUGAUGAAAAGAUGGAGAAGAUUUCACAACAGAUGGCAGAAAAUGAAGAACUAUGUGUCUCCGAGAUUAGAAAGUUACAGAUGCAUUAUUUAGAGAAGAAGAAAAAGAGAAUUAUUGAUACAAUUGAAUUCAUCGAAGAGAACAAUGACACCAUUUCAGAUUACAGCUUGAUUGACAACCACAAAGAACUGACAAGAAUAUUGUCUGAACUGGAGAUCAAUACGACAGACUUUGAACUUUCAACAACGUACAUGUAUAUUAGGGAAGAUGAAUCAAAAUAUACAGACAAAGUGAACGAGGAAGGAACCAAACUGGGUGAACUUAAAAUGUCUCCUGAUGAUAUUUGUGUGACUGAAAACGGUAAUAUUUAUAUUACUGAUAAUAGAAAAACAUUCAUUAGCUGUCAGUCACCAUUAAGAUCUGUCUCUACUGUCAUCAGUACAGAUCCACUGGUACCUUUCGGAAUCUGUCAGUCGGUGGACGGUGGACUACUGGUCACCUUGAGAGACAAUAAAUUAGACAAUGAAUCAGAUGUUUACGAAUUGGAGUCACACAGCAGACGUCUGGUGAGACACAUCACAGUGACAGGUGACGUCAUCCAUGAGCAUGAGUACCAGGAGGACGGUCACACCAGACUGUUUACAUUACCAGGCAGUGUCACACAGAACAGUAACAGUGAUAUUUGUGUACAAGUACAAGUAUAUCUACAGGUGAUCUAG